AACGCUGCGAAACAGUUGCUCAUUUCAACAGAAUCGGUGGUCUGAAAUUGAAACAGAACUUCCCAAUAAAAUGGCCGGUGAAGUUUUAGUAGAUGCUUUACCAUACAUCGACCUAGGCUACGAUGAUCCUGGCGUGCGGGAAGCGGCAAUCGCUAUGGUAGAGGAAGAAUGCCGCCGAUAUAGGCCAACGAAAAACUAUUUAGAACAUUUACCGGCCCUGAAUACGACCGCGUUUGAGACCGAACUAAUGACUGCAGAAUUCGAACGCAUUCAAAACAGACUCCCGAUGGAACCGCUCAGCAUGAAACGGUACGAACUUCCACCGCCACCAGCUGGCAAGAUGAACGAAGUAUCGGCAUGGGGCGAAAGUGUGGACAAUUCGAUGGCGCAGUUAGAACAUCAGGCCGUACGCGCCAUGAAUCUGGAACUUAUGGCCGAUUAUGGGUGCGAGAUGUGGAAAUCUUACUUGGAAACGUUGGUGACGAUGCAGGCGAAAUGUCAGGCCAGAUUGGCGGAGGUGAAGAAAGAAAUCCAGGACGUAAAUUGGGCUCGCAAGACGAAGCAGACGCAAGGUGGCGAAAAGCUGCGCUCAUUAGAAGCACAGUGGGUAAUGCUAGUAUCGAAAAACUACGAAAUUGAGCAGGCUUGCGCCAAAUUAGAAGAACAAAUUUACCACAAGAAGAUGGAGUGCAAAGCAUAUGAAAAAACACCUGACAAGGAGCAAUAGGCAGAGUGUAAUGUGGAAACUGAAUAAAUUUAAAUAUAUUUAAAAGUAUUGCAAUGCAGUGACCUUUUCACAUCACCUAUUGCUUCUAUAAUGUAUGGACAUACACACCGUAGUCGGUUCAUUAAACCAUUUUAUAACACAAAAUCAGCGUUCGGUUCGACAAACCUGUUUUAAAAUUAUGAUGUUCAUCAUGAAACCUGAGUGAACUACUAAUAACAUUUUUAAAAAAUCUUUAAAGC